UUCCGUAGUGACACCGUUGGGCUCCUUGCUGUUUUAUUUUCUUUUUAAAUCACUGAGUAUCAAUACAACGAUCAUAGCUUUUAGUUAAAAGAAAAUUGUACGUUUUCUUAUGGCACAGCAUGCCUCCUCAGCUCGAAGUUCGUCUCGGCAAGACCGACACAGCUCCAUCAGCAUACUCCAUGGUGUUUUCGGCGAUGCCGCCGCACAAAUUCUCAGCAAGAAGGGCUACAAAUUGGGAAAAGUCAUAGGAGAGGGCUCGUACUGUAAAGUACGACUCUCAAGCAAGUUACUGGACGGUGGAGAGCAUGUCAAAAUUGCGUGCAAGAUUAUAAAUAGAAAGAAGGCAUCUCAUGAUUUUGUCACGAAAUUUUUGCCGCGAGAACUCGACAUCAUACGCCACAUCGAUCAUCCGAACAUAGUCAAGUUCUACGACAUCAUUGACAUCAAUGACUGCGUGUACAUAUUCAUGGAAUAUUGUGAUAGAGGAGACCUGCUGGAACACAUCAGAAGCAAGGGUGCGCUAAAAGAACCCAAAGGUCGGCACUAUUUUCGUCAGCUGGUGUCGGCGGUGAAAUACCUGCAUGCCUUGGACAUCACCCAUCGCGACCUCAAGUGUGAGAACGUGCUCUUGGUCUCCGAUCGAUCUGUGAAGCUGACCGAUUUUGGAUUCUGCCGACGAUGCCGCGAUGAUGGCGGGAAACGUGUUCUUAGCAGAACGUUCUGUGGCAGUGCCGCAUACGCAGCCCCCGAGAUUCUGCAGGGUCAGCCAUACAACCCGAAAAUGUACGACGUCUGGUCACUUGGCUGCAUUUUAUACAUCAUGGUGACGGCCACCAUGCCCUUCGAUGACUCCAACAUAAAGAAGAUGUUGAGAUAUCAGCAAGAACGCAGACUGGGCUUCAACGGAAAGAAUUCAGAGCCACUGACCGCAGGGGUAAAACGGUUGAUCAGACACAUGCUGGAGCCAGACAUCACGCGGAGGGCCACCAUGGACCAGGUGGCGGCGGACCCGUGGAUCUACGAGAACGACCUGCACGCCUUCUCGGGGUCGCACUUGUCGUCACUGUCCAGCCUGCAAGCCGCCGACCAGUAAACGGGCACACGGCCACGGCCUUGGCGGUCAGCCCCGUCUGGUCAAAAGCUGUCGACAGUGAAGGGUCACCAGAACACGCAGCGGGAUCCACAACUAUGCACGCCAUCAGUGGACAGUGCGGGACCCGUAUAAAUGGAAGGUCACCGGUAAGAAGAACAGGGCCCACAAACAGAAGUCCGGGGUCACUAGUCAAGGGAACAUGUAACCUUAAUGUUCCCACUGAGAGCCACCGUGGGUCUAUAGCUGCCAGUACAGAGGUACCAGUGAAGAGUGCGGAGCACUGCAGUUACUUUUUGUUAAUGUAUGACGGAAAACUGCCAGACCCAUCAUCAAGCAAUGUCACCAGCAGACGAAACUGCCCGCUGCCAAGACCCGUUGGCGUUGGUCCCACCACAACCAAGGCGCUGGAGAACUUGAUGCAGCCAUGCGGUCUAGGCCCGGGUCGCUCAGGCCCGUGUUGGGCUGGUCAGUGCAGAGCCACAACGGAUCGACUAAGCGACCACCUCUGGCCCGACAGCGGUCAGAGGCAAGCGGCCCGUCGUGGGUACCGAGAUCAUUCAAAUGCGCGCUGGCAAUCCACACAAUUCCCGGCACUUAAGGCGGCGAGCUAAAUCUGUCGCACUGAAUCGUUCAGACUGCUCAAAUAUUUCAUUUUUAUUUAACAUCUUCCAGUCAAAUAUAGAAGCUUUAUGCACGGC